AUGUCGCUGGCGUCCUUAUUAAAUAAGGAAGACACACAGGUGUCUGAACCGGGUGGAAUUAAGAUGAAUGGUAAUAAUUCAAACGAUGAAGUGGUGAAGGACAAGUUUGUGAAGGAAAUGAAUGAGAAGUUUCGUAGUCUGAGCCAGAGAGAUCUGUUAGAACAUGUGUAUCAAGAUUGGAAGUUUAUCAAUUUCCAGGAGUUCGAAUUGAUAUCUGAGUGGAAUAACCAGUCAAAGGAAUGGGCCAACCGGGAUGGUGGGUUUGAAAAAUUGUACAACAAGAUGGAAGGUAUUAAAGAGGAAUGGGAACAGUACGAUCUCUAUAAGAGAGAUCGUUUGUCAGUGAUGCAAAAGCUGGAUUUGGUCAAUGGUACUUCUGAGACGGUCGCGGCCGAGACGAAGGUUAAACCGGUUCGUAGUAAGCCCAGGAGACCUGUGAAACCUGUUGCUGCACCCGUCACACCUCCACCACAGGUCGCAGUGACUCCCAGGAGGAGGAAACGUCAACGGGAGGAAGCGGAUCAUGCUGUGGAAGUAUCUCCAUUAAAGAAUGAAGUUGAGCAAAGUGAGCGAAUCGAACCAGAAACCUUGGAACAAGAGCACGUCGAGGAGCAUGAGGAAGAGCAUGAUACCGAAGAGCAACAAGAAGACGAACAAGAUGAUGUUGAGAGUGUUAGAGACCCUGAUGAGGAUGAAGUACGAUUGGACGAUGAGGAUUUCUCGGCUGAUGAACAGGUAGAACCGGUGGCUGCAGAAGCAGAUGUACCGGUUUCGUUCGAUGACGAUGAGAACGAUAAAGACUUCUCACCGGAUGAUGACAUCAAAAAUAUUACUUCCUCAAAGAAGGAUAAAUCGGUUAGUAUGGAGAGUGAAAGAUCAAGAAUCGUACGCGAGUUGGUCAAAAUGUGCAAUAAGAAUCGAAAUGUCGAAAAGAAAAAGAGAAGAUUCACAAAUGCUAACGUGUUAGAAUAUAACCCUCUCGACAACAAGCUAAUCGUCAAAGUCACCUUGAAGCAAUUCCACGUAAAACAGCUGAAAAGAUUGAUCAACGAGGCAAAAAGAAUCGCUGCCAUGGAGGAAGCCGCCAAGAAUCAAAUCGAUAAUCCAGAAUUGGAAGGUUUAUCACCAGCCAGCAAGAAAAGAAAACUACUCGCCAAUGGUGGAUUCGAUGAAAAUUCUUCAUUAACUUCUUCCCCAACAAAACAUGGCCUACCCACUUAUGGUCUAAAGAUGACUGCGAAAGAAGCUAGAGCUAUUCAACGUCAUUAUGAUAAUACUCUCUUCACGAUUUGGAAGGAUAUGGCACGUAAGGACUCUGCAAAAGUGGCCCGUCUCGUGCAACAGAUUCAGUCCAUCAGAGCAGCAAAUUUCAGAAAGACCUCUUCGUUAUGCGCCAGAGAAGCGAGGAAAUGGCAGUUUAGAAACUUCAAGCAGGUAAAGGAUUUCCAAACGAGAGCCAGAAGAGGUAUUAGAGAGAUGUCCAACUUUUGGAAGAAGAAUGAACGCGAGGAAAGAGAUCUCAAGAAGAAGGCUGAAAAGGAAGCCAUGGAGCAAGCAAGAAAGGAGGAAGAAGCAAGAGAAAACAAGAGACAGGCAAAGAAAUUGAAUUUCCUGUUGACACAGACGGAGUUGUAUUCGCAUUUCAUUGGCAGAAAGAUAAAGACUAAUGAACUUGAAGGUAAUAUGAGUGAUCAUCAGCUAAAUCCAGCUGCAAUGAUGGAGGCUAUGAGUAACGGUAAUGGUCAUGGUAAUAUCGACUUGGAUAACACGGAAGCCAACAAGAACGACUUUCACAGUAUCGACUUUGACAACGAGGAUGAUGAACAGCUCAGAAUAAAAGCUGCGCAAAAUGCCUCUAACGCAUUGGCUGAGACAAGGGCCAAGACCAAAGAGUUUGACGAUGAUGCGAAUGGUGAGGAAUUGAAUUUCCAAAAUCCUACGUCAUUGGGGAAAAUCAGUAUAGAGCAACCAAAGAUGCUCGCGUGUACAUUGAAGGAGUAUCAAUUGAAGGGUUUGAAUUGGUUGGCAAAUUUGUACGAUCAAGGUAUCAAUGGUAUUCUCGCAGAUGAAAUGGGUCUAGGUAAGACAGUUCAGUCUAUUUCUGUGUUAGCGCACUUGGCCGAGAAAUACAACAUUUGGGGGCCAUUUCUUGUCGUUACGCCCGCAUCAACCUUGCAUAAUUGGGUCAAUGAAAUAGCCAAAUUCGUUCCUCAGUUCAAAAUCCUACCAUACUGGGGGAAUGCCAAUGAUCGUAAAGUGUUAAGAAGGUUUUGGGAUAGGAAAAACUUUAGAUAUGGAAAAGAUUCUCCUUUCCACGUCAUGAUCACCUCCUAUCAGAUGGUGGUUUCUGAUGUUGGUUAUCUACAAAAGAUGAAAUGGCAGUAUAUGAUUUUAGAUGAGGCUCAAGCUAUUAAAUCUUCGCAAUCUUCACGUUGGAAAAAUCUACUGAGUUUCCAUUGUCGUAAUAGGUUGCUACUGACGGGUACUCCAAUCCAAAACAGUAUGCAAGAACUAUGGGCGUUGCUUCACUUCAUUAUGCCUUCGCUGUUUGAUUCUCAUGAUGAAUUCAAUGAGUGGUUCUCAAGAGAUAUCGAAUCGCAUGCUGAGGCAAAUACUAAGCUUAAUCAACAGCAACUACGUCGUUUGCAUAUGAUAUUGAAGCCAUUCAUGCUGAGACGUGUUAAAAAGAACGUUCAAUCAGAGCUCGGUGAUAAGAUUGAAAUUGAUGUCCUGUGUGACCUAACUCAAAGGCAAGCUAAGCUAUAUCAAGUCUUGAAAUCUCAGGUUUCAUCCGCCUAUGACGCCAUUGAGAACGCCGCUGGCAGUGAUGAAGCUGCAUCGGAUCAAAGUUUGAUAAACACUGUUAUGCAGUUCAGAAAGGUUUGCAACCAUCCCGAUCUUUUCGAAAGAGCCGAUAUAACGUCGCCAUUUGGCUUCGUGGACUUUGGUCAAACUGCCGGAUAUCUGAAGAACGACGAGUUGACUGAUGUGAUAUAUUCCACGAAGAAUCCUAUCAAGUUCCACCUACCAAGAUUGAUAUACGACGAUCUUAUUGCUCCAAACUAUGAAAGCAACCACGCUAACUUUACCAAAGUUCUGAAUCACACUAUGAGCAUAUUCUCACCUGUAAACAACAGAGAGUUAUGCACUAUAUUGGCCCUCUUAACUGGGCUUGGACCUGAAUCGUUUUCAAAGAUAGCGCAGAAGGACUUUAUGCAAAGAGUUUUGGAAGCUGCUAGGGACAAAAAAGCUAGCAUUGAGGAUUUAUCUUUGGUGUACGACAAAAAUGAUCUAAAUAACACCAGAUUUUCGGUCUGUGUCCCAAACAAGACCAAAUACUUGCAAAACUUGGCCAACGUAACCACUGGUGGAGUAUUAGAAUCACUGCUCAACGUGCAAGGCACAGUCUACUAUGAGCAAUAUUUCAAUUCAUUGCAUCCUGGCUCACAUCCAGUGGCAACGGCCACUCCAGUAUCAAUUGAAGUACUAGGCUCCAGUCAGAUGGCGAACAAAGUGGAACGAGAGUUAUUCGAUCCCACCGUUUCCCAGGCGUUUUCUGAAAUUUCUGCGUCCACCCAAUAUAACAUGAAUGUUGGGAAGCAUAUUCCUGUGGAUCAAUUUCCGACUUCCGGUCUUUAUCCUGGUCCAUUGAACAAAUACUUCUCAUCAAAUAUAACGAUGCCAUCCAUGGAUAGGUUUAUCACUGAAUCGGCCAAGUUGAGGAGACUUGACGAACUUCUAGUUCAGCUUAAGAAGGAAGGUCACCGUGUAUUAAUUUACUUCCAAAUGACAAGAAUGAUGGAUUUAAUGGAGGAAUAUUUGACUUACAGACGUUACAAGCACAUUCGUUUGGAUGGAUCUUCCAAAUUAGAGGAUCGUCGUGACUUGGUGCAUGACUGGCAAACAAUACCGGACUUAUUUGUCUUCCUUCUAAGUACCAGAGCUGGUGGGCUGGGUAUCAACCUAACAGCUGCAGAUACAGUUAUAUUCUAUGAUUCGGACUGGAAUCCUACCAUUGAUUCUCAAGCUAUGGAUAGAGCCCAUAGAUUAGGUCAAACAAGACAAGUUACAGUUUACAGACUGCUGGUCAAGGGUACUAUCGAGGAAAGAAUGAGAGAUAGAGCAAAACAAAAGGAGCACGUCCAACAAGUCGUUAUGGAAGGCAAGACGCAGGACAAGAAAGUACAGACAGUUGAAGCUGGUGGGGAAGAGGCACAGACAAAAUUAAAACAAUAG